CCUGGCGCGGCGGAGGGGCCCUGCCGGGGCGGCGCUGCCAUGGCGGCGGCGGCGGUGGCGGCGGGGAAGGCGGCGGGCGCGGCCCACGGGCACGGCGAGGGACGAGGCGGCGGCGGCGGCGGCUUCCUGGGGCCGCGGGUGCCCGCUGAGGUGGAGGCGAUGGCGCGGGGCGUGCAGGAGGUGGGCCACGACACCUUCCACCGCCUCCUCAGAGUCACUGUUAAUGCAUUGGAAGGAAAAGACUGCAAAGAAUCUGUCAAGCUGAUUGCAGAAAGCACUAAUCUCUCAGAAGAGCAGCUUGCUUUCCUCAUUUCUGGCAUGUAUACCCUUCUCCGAGAAGCUCUGAGACUCCCCUUAUCGACUUUCAAACAAGAAGUUUUUAAGGAAGACCUAAAGGAGCUCAGGAUACCAGAAGAUUUCAUCACGGACUUUUCCAGUGUUGUCUUUGGUAACAGGCGUCCUGUUUCUGAAGGCACAGCUCUGAUGCAAGGAAGUAGGCUGCCAAAUGUCCAGGACUUCAAGUGGAGAGUGGAUGUAGCUAUAUCCACAAGUUCACUGGCCCGUGCACUUCAACCAUCCAUUUUAAUGCUGAUGAAGCUUUCAGAUGGGACAGCUCAUCGCUUUGAAGUGCCAGUUGCAAAGUUUCAGGAGCUGAGAUACAAUGUUGCCCUUAUACUGAAGGAAAUGAAUGAUUUGGAGAAAAGAAGCAUAAUGAAGAUCCAGGACUGAACACUUCUAAAUCGGGAGUUUACAGAACAGAUCUGAAAUCCUCAGUGAAUUUCAUGAAUGGUAAAGCAGAGGACCAUCACCACUUUGCCUGUCUGAAGUGCAAUGUAGCAUUUAUGUCAGUUGUAAAUAUUUUUUCAAUUCAAGUGUUAAAAGCACAAGCUCUUUUCUUAAGACUUAAAAACAAAAAAUAUAUUGAUGGAAAAAGUAUAAUCCUAUUUGUGACCAUUUUUGCAUGAUUCAUCAAAACAUUUUUAAAUAACUGUCUUAAUAGAUGUAAGAACCAUUUCUUCCUGAUUAUGAUUCAUCACUCUAAUUAUUUUUGAAAGCCUGCUCCCAGAAGCCCCAUCAGUGUGUAUCAGAAGAAAGCCCUGCAAUGUCUCAAAUAAAAAAAAAUAAAAAUAAUAAAAAAAGCAACCCACUGCUGUGCUGUAGUACAACAAAUGUGAAAUUGAUUGAGUUUGGCAUAAGUAAAAUUGCUGUCUGCCUUCUUGGUGACUCAGGUAUAGGUACAGAUAUUUAAAAGCUAAUUUUGAAGAAAAUUGUAAGCCUGGAGACCAAGAAAGAAGUAUGAAUUGAACUUCUAAAACUAAUUCCAUGGAACUGAAGAAGUGGAAAGUGCAAUGCAAGUCUGCCAGGUUGACAAGUAUGGGAUAAACAGUAGUAAUCUCUCUAAGUGGGAAUGCCUGCCUUAGCUCAUGCAUUUCCUGUCUUCAGUGUGAACUGAAUUGUCUGACUCAUUACAGGGCAGAAACCUCUGGCCUGAGAUGGUAGCAAACAGCAGAAGGCAGCAGCAUGGUAGACCACUACAGCUGAUAUACUCAUUAGUAGUGCAAGUCAGAACACAGGAUGAGGAUGAAGGUGACAGGUACGAGGAUAUUCAAGCACCCAAGUCAAAAAAACAGUUAAGCACAGGCUGAAGGUUCUUUUGCCCCAUGCGUAAAGCUUUGAGGAAUUCUGUUAAUUUGAAGCAUAUGUUUGAAGUCUCAUUUAAACUCAAGGGGACCACAGAUAUUACCGGAAGGGUUUUGCCAAGAAGGGAUGCAUUCCUGAAUCAGUGGCUGAAAGUUUUCCCUCAGGAGCAAAGACAUGAAGGCUGAGCAACGGCCAAACAGCAGAGCUGAUGGGCCCUACAAAUACAAGAUUUAUCCGGCUGUCAGAGGUAAUCUAGAACACAUAUGCUGCUACCAGUGUUAAGCAAUGGCUUAACCUAGCUGCUUGCUGGGUUUCUAUCUAAGUGGUGCCACCCAUACUUCUCCUACCCAUGUUGUGUGAGUGUAGAACUCACCUUUAUCACCCUCAUUCCUUGCAGAAAACUACUGAAAUUAAAAUUAUGGAUCUGGGAGGCCUUUUACACUUCAACAGGUGUUUGUGCAGGAAAGGACGAGUUGGUCUUGGAUUUUAAGAAUCACAACAGGCGUAAGACUUCGGUGUUACACUUUUUAAGAGGAGACUUCUUUGGUGGCAGUCCAUACCAAUCUACAGACAGAUGAAUAGCUGCAAGACAAAGCUUUUCAAACCUAUGGGUGAAAGCGUCCUGUAAUUUCAAAUAAUAAACUGGUCAGCCAUUAUUUUGAACUGUUAAAAAGCUGCGUGUCCUAUUUGCUGUCUUUGUAGGGGACCCAUCAACUUACAGUAUGGUUUGAUCCAUAUUUAUUAACUAUUGUGUUUAGCUCACAGCAAAGCAAAUAAAAAUUAGCUUCUCUAACUUCA